AAGUAAUUACAAAGCAAACGGUUUUUGCAUGAGUCGCGCACUCCAUUACUUCCAUAAGUUCUUAAUCCACAAGUCGUACAAUGACAUGGAAUUAAAAAACAAAAAAGCUUUUGACGUUCACUGUCAAAUUCAAUGUCACUGUCACUGACAACAAAAUCAGAAUCAGUUUCUGUCUGAUUUGUUUGUAAUUUUUGAGAUGUUUUGUCUGGACCUUGAAGAAAUAAAGAUUGAAUGUGAUUCGUCCGCUAGUACCGUACCGUUGACGUUGUAGUUUGUAGUGUUUGAUUUCGCACGAUGACAAAAUAAUGCAACGGUAUUUUGUUGACUAUUCUCAGACUAGUACAAUGGUACAAUUGAUUAAUAAAAUUUAAAUUCUAUCAUAAGGCCGACGUAGAGACAGAAUGCAACUUUCAACUUUAGGAAAUAUUAUCAGCGCUCUCGCUAUAACUACAACAAUAUUGCAGUUUUUCUCUGGCGCCCUCGUGUGCAAACAAUAUGUUCUUAAUAAAACAACAGCUGAGAGUUCAUCGCUUCCUUUCGUUUGCGGCAUACUAUGCUGCUGCCUAUGGUACUUAUAUGGAUCCUAUAAAAAUGAUAAUGUUAUAAUGAUAGUUAAUAUAAUAGGCAUAACCCUAAUGAUAUCAUACACAGCAGUAUUUUACAAAUAUACUUUUAAGAAGUCUGGCGUUUUAAAACAAAUGUUGUGCUUGCUUAUAUUUUUGACUUUUAUCAUAAGUUACACUUACAUAGAAGAUGAUAGUCAAGCACUUUAUGUUACACUAGGUUUUGUAGCUAGCUUGUUUACGUUAGUAACAAUAGCAGCACCUCUGAGUAAACUAUUUCAUGUUGUAAGAGUAAACAGCACGGAGUGCCUGCCCUUCCCAAUGAUUUUGAUGUCUUUCUUCGUAUCACUGCUGUGGUUUCUCUAUGGGACAAUACAAGAUGAUAUCUUUUUAUGGCUUACCAAUCUAGUUGGAGCGAUUUUAGCUAUUAUCCAACUGUCGCUCUUUGCCAUAUACCCUAACAAGUCCCAGUCUCCAAGUUUAAUGAAGAAUAUAGUAGAAUAAUUAUUAUUUUAUUUAACUAACGUGAUGAUUUGCUGUGCAAGAAGCAUUUUUAGUUUUACUGUCAAUAGUAUUAAUUAUUUAAAAUUCAUGACAUAAAUUAUUUAUAAAUAUU